AUGCAGCGGAGAGGCGCCAAGGGCUCUUCUCUCAACAGCCCCCAGAAGGGCGCAGCCCCGCAGCGCACCAACAGGCGGGGCGGCCUGUUCAAGAAGCCGCUGAGGCAGAAGCAGCAGCAGGUGAGGUUUGGUCAGAGGCCGAUGCAGCAGCAGACCAAGUACAACCCAAGACCGCAGCAGCAGCAGCACCAGCAGCAGCAGAGUCGCAAAUUAACUGUUGAGGACAAGAUCAACUUGCCUCUUGACGCCUUGAUUGUUUCGCGGCAGCGGCAGCAGCAGCAGCAACGGCAGCAGCAGCCGAAGCAGCAGCAGCAGAAUACGGGCUCUGCUUCAUUUAGGACGACGACGGGUGUCAGUGGACGCAGGGGGGCCUUCUUGGUCCCGCGGACGGCGCAGCGCAGAGGGCGGCUAAGUGCUGCUGCUGCUGCAGCUGCUCGCACGACACCUCGGAGUGCUGCUUCCAAGGCCCUUGCUACUGCUGCGGCAAGGAGAGGGGGGAGAGUCCGCACGCCUCACCAGCAAGUAGUGGAGACAUUGAAGUCUGCUGCGACCUUCAAGACUGCGGCAGCGCGCCGCAGCCGAAGCACCAGCAUCUACUCGCGUGCUGCUGCAACAGGUGCUGCAGCAGCACUGGGGGGAGGUCGUGCUGCUGCACUAGGAGGCAGACGACUUGCCAGCGGGAGGCCGCAGCUGAGACGCCCUGUAACAACGAGACUAAACACUUCACUUUCGCGGCGUCGGCAAUUCGGAACCACAGCAGCAGCCGCAGCAGCGGCUGCAGCGGCUGCAGCUGCAGCAGCAGCUGCCGCAAGAGGCACGGCCGGCGUCACGAGCACCUACAAUCCCUACAGGGAUUCACCUCCUGCGGUGAAAUCCUUACCCGUUGACAGGAGGAGGCCCCCGACCUCUCUGAAAGAAGCCGCAGCAGCAGCAGCAGCAGCAGCAGCAGCAGCAGCAGCAACGGCUCCCCCAUCGCCGCCCUCCUAUGCUGCUGAUGCAGAAGCGCAGCCAAUCAUUAAAAUUCAGGCAAGCUUAGACACCGUCCCUGCUCCCUUGCCGCAGCAGCGCGGCACGCAUGUAGCGAUUCCUGCUGCAAUGCAGCGGAAGCAGCAGCAACAGCAACAGCAGCAGCCGGCAAGGUCCGUCGGGGGGGCUGCGGACUUCGGCAACUUGAGCAGCAGGUUCGGCUACUGA